GAGCUGUCAAUGUCAUUUUCGUACCAAAGUUUGUCACUAUUUCUUAUCAGAGAAGAGGCGACUUAUUAAAAGGAAAUUAUACCCUUUGAAGAGGACUUUUGUUUAAAGUUUAUUGACAAACCGCAAAAUAACAGACUGUACUUUGAACUGACGAAGACUAGUGAUUGGCGGACAGUGUCCGGACAUUAAAUUCGGGUUAAUAUGUCGGCUUUCACCGAGAGUGCGUUGAUUAAAAAGUUGAAUGAGUUAAAUUCGAGUCAGCAAAGCAUCCAAACGCUCUCGCUAUGGCUCAUCCACCAUCGCAAACAUCACGUAGGAAUAAUAAAGACGUGGUAUCGUGAGUUGCAGAAAGCGCCUCAGAGCAAAAAACUGACCUUCAUGUACUUGGCCAACGAUGUGAUCCAGAACAGCAAAAAGAAAGGCCCCGAGUACGGCAAGGAGUUCGGCGUGGUGCUGCGCAAAGUGUUCAAACACAUCAACGAGCACUGCGACGAGGAGAAGCUCUUCAUGAACGUCGAUCGCAUCCUGAAAAUUUGGGAGGACCGCGGCGUUUAUGACCUCGACACCAUCAAGGAGUUCAGGAAGGACCUCUUCAAGACGACGGAACCGCAGAAAUUCAAAAAGCCAGAAGUCGGUGAAAAGAGGAGUCACGACGGCAGCAACUCGGUGCACAGCAAAAAGUCUCGGAUCCAAAAGGAACACAAAUCCGAGCACGAAAAACGCGAGAAAAACAGAACUGAAACCGUCGAAAUCAACGGUAAAGUAGAGACGCACGUGACGCUCAGUCCGCACGUGCCUGUAGGAGACCCUCCUGAACCACAAGAGUUGAUCAAGGCUCUCAGUGACCUCGAAAACUCUGCCUCGAGUGACGCCGUGGUGCGCGAGCGGAUCGCCAACCUGCCGCCCGAGAUCUCAGAGCUUUCGAACCUAUCCAAAGUGGAGGACAAAGAGACUGCAUACAAAUUGAUUGAACAGGUAAACGAAGCCGUUCAGCUCCUCAACGACUACAACACGCGCCUGGCCGCCGAGAUGGAGGACCGGAAGAAGCUCACGGUGAUGCUGAGGGACUUCCAGGCCGAGCAGAGGGAGCUCCUGGUCCAAGCAGAACAGCGAUUAGAGGAAUUCACGCAAAAACUCUCAAAAAUGAAAGCCGUACAGAAGGAAAUUCGUGAUCAUCUCUCCAAUCUGCCCGAUCUCACCCAACUACCUGAUGUAACUGGUGGCCUUGCACCUUUGCCGUCUGCAGGUGAUUUGUUUAAUGUUCACUAACAUAGACGUGGCCUGCAGGAUCUCCGAGAGUUUAUUCAGAAGAGAGUGCAGAAAAUGAAAGCCGCAACCGAUGUACAGAAAAAGGGAGAAUGACCAUGUAAAAUGUUAAAAGUAUUUCCCGUUAGAUGAUAAAAUAAUAUAACUACGAUUUGAGUAUCACAAUCCAGAGUAAAUUAUGAGGAAAUCACAAUGAGAAUGAUGAAUUUAGGUUAAGUAAAAAUAGGCGUUUACACAGACUGUAUAAUUGUACAUUGCGUAAAUAAUCCAGAAAUUUGUAUAAAUUAAAUUUUCGAUGCAAUCCUUUCUACCUACGAUCAGGGUAUCCAAGCCUUCUGAAAAUAUUAAAUAUAAAAUUAUUAUUAAUUAGAUACCAAAGGCAACAAGGUUCAUUGAGCACGCUCGAAUUACACAUAAAAUAAAAUAUUUACAUUGUGCCCACUACAACGAAGCUUCCGAUUUAAUGGAAAAAGCAUAUGCAGCCAGCGCCGUAUUGCAUUAACUGGAAUGUCAGCCGACCGCAUUGUAAAAGCGCGCUUUCUCCUCCAAUUACGCGUAAAUGUACUGAUGGGACUUUGUAGCCUUUGAUAUUGCACCGCCGAUGUGAUCCUGGCAACUUUUGGGGUUUAGAAAUAAAUUGUAAAAAAUAUAUAUUCAGCAUUGUAACUACUCAAUUGAUAAUUAUUAAAUAAUUUAACUUUGUGUUUUUGAUGAACACGCGAUUUACUUUAUUAUCUUUUAGUUUAAAACUUCCGGGGGUUGAUUAUAUCCUGUAAUACACACAAAACUCUUUGUGUAAUUUUUAUCACUUGAAACCUCUUUACGCUAUGUAACGUUUACUAUUAACCAAAACAAAAUGAAAACGAUGCAGCAUUAGGUGGUU